AUGCUGGAUGAACGAAUUGUAGCUGCAUCGAGUACUGUGCGGCGAAUCUGCAGUAGCUCCAACUCUGAGGACUCGUCCGAAGAGAACUAUGGCGACGAGGGUCGCGCUCCGUUGCUGAAUGGCCUUCUGUCAUCGGCUCAUAACUGUGUUAAGAUUGAUCUCAGCUUAUCAGAUGUUAUUGUUCAAACAACCAAGAGUGCGCCAGACAGAUUUCCGAAAGAGCGUGGUAAAGCCGCUAUAUCUCUGGGUAUGCUGAUAACUGCAGCCGUCUGUAAUGAUCUCGUACUCUCCUUCAUCCAUGAGAAAGUGCCGCAGGAGCCACCACUGCCCGAUGCUGUAUUCGCUCAUACACCGUACAUUCCAUGGGCACUGGCAGUAUCCGAGUACCUUAUGCUUUCUUCGUUCACUAUCAUGCUCUUAUUAACAAUUUUACACAGACAUCGCUGGAUUAUACUAAGCAUAGCGUAUUGCAGAAGGAUCGCAUUUAUCGGUUCACUAUUGUACUUUGGGCGGUGUUUAACAAUGCUUGUCACACAAGUGCCCAUCGCUGAUCCUAAUUAUUAUUGCUCGCCCCGUUUAAGUGUUAGUUUUUAUUCUAAAUAUCCAGAGGCCUUAAUUGCCCUAUUUCCGUCUAUUUAUUUCACAUUUUUCAUGAAAAUUUUUUGA